UCCAAGGGAUAAGAUUGUGAAGUUAUGUUCACAAAACCUUAACAACCCAAACCACCGAGAGAUCUUGUCAGUAAUCAGCUUAUCUCUUGCUGCUGCUUUUACAUGGUAGUUGCAAGUUGGUAGUUGUUAGUACUUGAUUUUUUUUUUUCCUCGAAUCGGUUGAACCCCAAAUUUGUCGAGGAGUUUCAAUAUAGAAAAGACCUAGAAAACAAAGCAAUAGCUCCUAACCUAUUCUUUUGAACGGCAAUAGCAGCAGAAAGAAGUCAAAAGAGGAGCGCGCCGGAGUAGAGAGAGAUGCAGAGAGACGUUGAGAACUUUAAUUCAUACAAUUAUGGUGAUGGAACAUACUGGGAUGCUCGUUACAUUAAAGAAGCUGGAGCUUUUGAUUGGUAUCAGCGUUACUCCUCUCUUCGUCCCUUCUUUCUCAAAUUCAUUCCUUUCUCUUCUCGUAUCCUCAUGGUUGGCUGCGGCAAUGCUGUUUUGUCAGAGGAUAUGGUAAAGGAUGGAUACGAAGAUAUUAUGAACACUGACAUAUCCUCAGUGGCCAUCGAGAUGAUGAAGAAGAAGUACAAGGACAUUCCUCAACUGAAAUACAUGACAAUGGACGUAAGGGAUAUGAGUUUCUUUCAAGAUGAUUCAUUUGACUGUGUCGUAGACAAAGGCACUCUUGAUUCGUUGAUGUGUGGUACGGAUGCUCCGCUUAGUGCUGCCCAAAUGCUAGGGGAAGUGAGCAGGCUUAUUAAAGCUGGGGGGAUCUAUAUGUUGAUAACUUAUGGUGAUCCAACUGUAAGGGUUCCACAUUUAAAUCGUCAUGGAUAUAACUGGAAAAUUACAUUGUACAUCAUACCCAGACCAGGUUUUGUAAAGCCAGAUGGCACUAGUUCGUCAUCAGAAUCGAUCCUGGAACCUGUUCCUAUCACGGAGAACGGUCGUCUUCCUGCAGGUUUUGUUCUCGAAGAUCCAGAGUCCCGUUAUAUUUAUGUAUGCCAGAAAAUGGGUGAAGGUGACCCGACCGCCCAUUUUGAAGCGGAAAGUGUUUUACCCCUAUAACACGAGGGCUGGACACUGUCAGACUCAUAUCAUAGUUUAUAAUUCAAACUCCAUAAAUUAUCCAAAAUCAUAACUGAAGCCCCAAUUGGCAGCAUUUUGGAUGUGGUAGCGUUUUCCCAAGUGAUAAUUUUGGUGUAUUGAAAUUUUAACUCCCAGAAAUUUUUACUUCUACCUUGUAGUCUUUCUUUGGAUUUAUUAGUAGGAAUGAAGUGGACUGUGUCCCCAAAACCCUAGACAUAAUAGAUAGAAAUUGUGUUGUUUUGUGCUCAUGGAUUGUAUGAAUUUGACUUAUGAGGUGUAUUAUGCAUUCAAUUGAAACACUUUUCCUA